AUGGCUCCGUAUGAGGCUCUAUAUGGAAAAAAGUGUAGAUCUCCUGCCGGAUGGCUUGAAGUUGGAGAAACAAGUUUGUUUGGGCUAGACCUUGUUCAUCAGGCUAUUAAAAAGAUAAAGCUUAUUCAGGAAUGGUUACGUACAGCUCAAAGUCAUCAGAAAUCUUACGCAGAUGUACGACGACGAGAAUUAGAGUUUCAAGUAGGUGAUUGGGUGUUUCUGAAAAUAUCACUUAUGAGGGGAGUGAUGCGGUUUGGUAAGAAAGGGAAACUCAAUCCUCAAUAUAUCGGACCUUAUAGGAUUGUCCGAAGGGUAGGCCAGGUAGCUUAUGAAUUGGAGCUGCCAUCAAAACUGCUAGUAGUUCAUCCAGUUUUUCAUAUAUCCAUGCUGAGAAAAUGUAUUGGAGAUCCCUCCAGAGUCGUACCUGUUGAUGAUAUACAAGUUAUAGAGAAUCUGACAUAUGAGGAAGAACCAAUUGCCAUUCUUAACAGACAGGUCCGCAGACUCAGGACCAAGGAUGUGGCGUCAGUAAAGGUUCUAUGGAGGAGCAAGGACGGGGAAGAGAUGACGUGGGAAGUUGAAGUGGAAAUGAAGUCCAAGUACGCUCACUUAUUCCCUGGUACAGAUGAUGCUGUUCCAAGAGUAACCUUACAAGAGUCCGCUCCAUCAAUAAAUAACUUACAAGUAUCUGGUAGGGCAUAUAAAUUGGAACUUGCAGUAAUAAAGUAUUAG